AUGGAAGAUGCAGUCCAAUAUAGUAACUUGACCACCAUAGGAAAUGGAUUUCAUAUCAAGAACUCAGUAAUGAUUUCUAUGGUUGGUAUAUUUGGCACUAAUAGCGACUGUGGCCAAGUUGGCUUGAAAAAACAAAUGGAGGAAGUUCGUAAAUUCAAAGAACUUCAAGAUGAAGGAAGAAGUGAACAAUUACAGUGUCAUCAGUGUGUGUUUGAUACCAAUUGCCCUAAUACAUGUGUUCAAAAUGCUAACAUCCAUGAAAAAGAUAAAAGGCAUUAUUGCUGUGAACAACGUAACUUCAUGGCAGUAACAGAAGACGAAUUGGAAUGUCAUCGAGGCAUUGCCCAUGGAGUGGCGGUAAAAUGCCUUGCUGUCAAUUCUGAUAAAGAGCAGAAAAAAUCACCACAAAAGACUUUUAUAAAGGACUCAAUCAUAGAAUCAUCCAAAAAGUCAGCUUCCUACAUGGGUAGGAUGUGGCCUUUCUCUACUUCAGCCACAAGUGUUUUAAAAAGGCACAUGGAAUACUUACAUUCAUCAUCAUGUGUUGAUUCAUUUGGUAGUUCUCUUGGACUUGAUAAAGAAAAAAAUGACAUCCUUGAAGAACCUAAAGAUGUUGAUGGUACUAAACCAUUAGUUCAACAACAGUCAACCACAUUUCCAAAGAACUCUCCUCUAGAACAAGAUGUGAAGCAAACAUUUGGAUCAAGCUCACAAUCAAGUGAUUUUUCAAAACUCCAUAAGCAUCCACAGGGAAUACAAAAAUCUCAGAAAAGUGUUGCCCAGUCAGUUGUCAAUAUGUACAAUCAAAACAACUCUCCUCACAAGACUGCUAUGAGUAAAACCAGCAUUAACCAAAAGCCUAAGUAUUUUCAUCAGGCAGCAAAAGACAUAUCAAAUGCCAAGGCAGAUAGCAACUAUUUGUAUAGACACAAAUAUGAAAACUAUGGAAUGAUAAAAAUAUCAGAUGAAUCAUAUCCUCUACAUUUCGACAAAGAAACUAGUUCUUUUAAUUCUCUACAUCUAUUUUCAUCAUUCAAUUAUUCACAUACCAGUGGUUUUAUUACAGACCCUGUUAACCUUGACACCAAAAAGCCAGAAAGCUUCAAAGACCAUAGGAGUGCAGCUGUAAAAAGAGUACUUAAAGUAUGUAUGGAAGAGACUUGUAUCGGAGGGAAAGACUUGGAUAACCAUUCAGGUUUUUUGCACAAGAUGACUGUUGCUACUUUGCAAAACCUUAAUUCUGAAAAGAAAGAUAGUUUUAUAACAGAAGAUGAAAGUUCCUACGACAAAGUUGAGCUAGGUAACUACACUAGAAAGGCCAUAAAAAAUGAAACCUAUAAUAUGAUUAAUAAAGAUGAUGUGAAACUAUUCCCUCAGGUAGAAAAACAAAAGCCUGAAGAAAAUGCUGCCUUUAGUUAUGAUCAAAAUGAUGACUUUAAUUGUGAACAUUAUGAAGUUGCUGCAACUAAUAACUUUUUUCAGAAUAUUUAUGACCUUCAGCAUUUAAAAAAUACAGAAACUUCAUUAUCAAAGCAUAAUUCUGUUUCUCAUUGGACUGAUUUGUCUCUUAAGAAGGAAUUCGGCCCUUAUUGUCCAGCGACAUUUGAAAAAGAUAUAGGGUUGUCAAGUCAUGUCCAAGAUCAUCUUCAUCAAGUAGGGUUAAGCUAUAAAGACCGUCCUGUUGCAUCACCAGAACAAAUAUCCAAUAGUGACAAGAUGCCACAUUUUAAAAGAAUAGGGCCACCUGUUACACGAGUUAGAAAAGCUAUACUGAGCUCUGAAUCCACUUCCACACAUACCUGUCUACACUGUGGAGAUUGGUUUCAUUCUAAAAUUGGACUGUCAAAUCAUGUUAGAGGACACUUGAGAAGACUUGGAAAAACCAAAUGGGAUGCUCACAAAUCUCCAAUCUGUGAUCUGAAUGAGAUGAUCCAAAAGGAAGAAACAGAAGAAAUAACCUUAGAGUCAUCAAACACCAGUCAUCCUAUUCCUAGACCAUUUGUGGCACAAAAACUUCCCUCAAAUGAUGACUUUCUAUAUCAAAAUGUUAUACCUCAUGGAGCAUACUCUAAUAGUCUAAAAUAUCUAUCAGUGUCUGCACCGGAAGAAAAAGGACCUAUUUUCUUAAAUGAAUAUGAUGAAGCAAAACCAGAACUGCCCCGUGGAAAAAGGAAUCAAUCUCUUGAACCGAUAAAAUGUCCUAAAAAUAAAAGAAUACGAAAAGAAAUAAAGUCUGCUAUUUCUGUUCCAAAGACAACAGGAAGAAAGAGUCUUGUUCAUAGAUGUGUUCCUCCGCUAAGUGAAGAUAGUACAUUAAAGUAUCGCCCAAAAAAAGUGAAAACGAAGGCCCGCUCAGCUUUAAAAUGUAAGGGAAAGAAAUCAAAGCCAAGAUUUGGAAGAAAGAACAAAACACUACCAUUAACUGAAGAAACUGAAGACAUUUACAUUUUCCGCUGCAGGUUUUGUGACCUAGCUUUUCGCGGACCAAUGUCUAUUCAGGAGGAGUGGAUUAAGCACUUACGACGACACACUGUAAACAUCACUAUUCCCCGUACUGGAGCAGCCAUGGUGGACGUCCGAUUCCCACAUUAAAGGCCUGCCCCCAUUACAGAAGCUUCAUUUUCCCUACUAGUGGCAGAAGCAGCUUCAUAGAACCAGGACGUCUUUUACAUAGCAAAUUUGAAGUGGAUGUAAACUUAAAAUUCUUUUUGUUUUAAAGCCAUAUCAAAUUAUCGAUUUAUUAAAGGAAAAUGGGGAAAAGUGAAUUCCAGUGACAGAGCAAAUAAAAUACUUAAAACAUUAAGAGGUAUUAUGUGUUUCAUUUAGGGUGGAAGAUGUGUUUUUAAGGCUUACUACCUUUUGUCCGCUGUGUAUGCAGUAAGGGAUCAGUACAUGUAAACAGCCAUUUAUAAACUGUUGCACAUGGUUACUUAUAGACAUUUAUUGAAAAUUAUGUUUCCUUCAACGUUACUGUUAACAGAAAGCUGGAUUGGGGAAGUUCCCUUAGUUCAAACAGGUACCAGAAGCUGAGUGAAGAAUCGGCAGAAUCACUUUAAAAUUAACAUCGACAGGUCCAGUGUAUCACUUCUCCAGACUGAGCACCCAAUCCAGGUUUCUUACAAUAUUUAUAGAUUAAUCAGCAUCAUGCCUUUUAUUUAUUUAUUUUAAAGAUUUUAUUUAUUUAUUUGAGAGAGAGAGAGUUACAGACAGUGAGAGUGAGAGACAGAAAGGUCUUCCCGGGCCGGGGCCGUGGCACACUAGGUUAAUCCUCUGCCUGCAGCACCGGCAUCCCACAUGGGUGCCGGUUCUAGUCCUGGCCGCUCCUCUUCCCAUACUGGAGCAGCUCUCUGCUGUGGCCUGGGAUAGCGAUGGAGGAUGGCUCAAGUGCUUGGGCCCCUGCACCCACAUGAGAGACCUGGAGGAAGCUCCUGGCUCCUGGCUCCUGGCCAUUGGGGGAGUGAACCAACGGAAGGAAGACCUUUCUCUGUCUCUCUCUCUCAUUGUCUGUAACUCUACCUGUCGAAUAAAUAAGUAAAAUCUUUAAGAAAAAAAAAAGAAGUCUUCCAUCCGCUGGUUCACUCCCCAGAUGGAUGCAAUGGCCACAGCUCUGCCAAUUCAAAGCCAGGAGCUUCUUCUGGGUCUCCUACACAGGUGCAGGGGCCUAAGGACUUGAGCCAUCUUCCACUGCUUUCCCAGGCCAUAAGAGAGAGCUGGAUCAGAAGAGGAGCAGCAGGGACUAGAACCUGUGCCCACAUGGGAUGCCGGCACCACAGGUGGAGGAUUAACCUACUGAGCCACAGCGCUGACUCCAAGCAUCAUGCCUUAACAGCUGCAGCAUUGGUGGGCUUGGUCACAACCUGUGUGACUCAGGACCACCCAGGAGGAAUUUGAGACCACACUGGGGAACUUGAAUUGGGGGUGGCAGAAAACUGAGAUUAGGACAUCUGCCCAGACAUAUCAACACCUAUGAGGAACAGAGAUUGGGACAACUGCCCAGAUAUGUUAACACCUAUAGGGAACUGGAACAGGGGUUACAGUAAACAGAGAUUAGGACAUCUGCCCUCCUCAGGGGUUUUAUUUUUCUCCCUUGUCUCUGGUCAUGGCCUUAUUUCCUCUUAGUUCCCCCCUUUGGGACCCUCUUAAUCAUUCUAAGGGACAUCAUUUUCUGUUAUUUAUUGUAAAUUGACUGGCUAGUAGCUUUGGAGGAGCAUUUGGAACUUUAUGGCUUCUUGGCGAGCAGAGACAAGUCGGGUAAGCAUAUUAAUGAGGCAGGGACCAAACAAGAGCGCUAGAAAAAUCCUGAGAAGUCCAGACAGUGAGAGGAGCCGGGAUGCCUAGCUCCAGAUACUACUCGAAAAGCCCCAAGACUUAGCUAUUUCUUUUCUCCUUUUUGUGACCCUCUCAUUAAGUUGUUGGGCCUUGUCUCUGACUACCCCCGACCCAUUGACCUAAAAACAGCACUGUUUGUUUAAGAAAAGGCAAACUUCCUCUUUUUCUGCCAUUAGUAGAUCGAGUCCCCUCCUAUUUUGCAUGACUGCUGUUGCUAAGGAGCCUAAUUGAUCUUGGAGAGCUAUUAAUGACUUUGCAACUGGUUCUACAUCAUUUGGCAGGUCUCUGGAUAGUUUGUUGUAAAAGGUGGUUGGUGAAGCAAUUCCUUCUACCCCAGUGCCCACUCCAGCUUCCACUCCAAGGCUGCCUAAUUAGGGUAUGAGCUGGAUAGCUCUUCACUCAGACCUGCUCAGCUACCAUUAUAGGAAGAGUUUGAUUAUUGGUGACAAGGUAUAUUUGGGGAGUGAGGAAAGCCAAGAUGCAAAUGCCUUUCCAUCCAUGUGGUAAACAUACACAGACAUUUGUUGCACAUAUGAAGAACAAAGCCAAGCAGGGAUGGCACUUGGCUGGGUUAGCAGGGAGCCAGUUUACCUGGGUACUCAUCUGUUCACACUGGCUAUCUGCUAAUUUUUUUUAAUCUGUCUUAUCCCACUUUGAUAUUGUAUUCAGGAGCUUUUUGGGUAAAUAAUAGGCUACUAUACGAAACAAAAUAUUCCUCCCAAUGGACUCAUUAUCCCUACAUAGAACAUGACUAGAGCAAUUGUUUGUGGCUACCCCAGUUCUUUGGAGCUGCUUCAGCCAAACCUAUGAACAACAGCAAUGUUAAUAUUAUCAUUAGCUCCAAUGGGAUAGGGUAACAGUGAAACCCUAGUCCCCAGGUGUUCCUUGUUGACUUAUCCCAGCUUCCACUGUGCAUUGAGCAGUCAGCUCCCAAGUUUGUGACUGGAGCAGGGCUGUAGAUUCCUCAAAAGUAGUGCAUAGCUUGACCAGCCUCCUGUGUGGCCAAAGCAAGGUGGUGGGCUCAGAGGGUGACUCUGAGGGGUUUUGCAGAAUAUCCAGUCACUGUCCACUUGACAGAACUCUGGAGUGGGGCUGCAGCUGUUAGGGACGAAAUGGCGGUGGAGAAGACUACCUUAGUUCUUUGUCUCAUGUGGAAGAAGAAUUUCCUCGUGGACAAAGCAGAGAGAGAAAAGCAAGACUUAUUAAAGUCAAAAACCUCCUGCUGAAGUGGCCUGGAGGGCCAGGGGGGCUGCAAGAGAGGGAUACCCCCAAGAAGCUGGAAGCUGGGUUUUUGUGAGCACGAUUUUGGGGUAAAACUAGCACAGUGAGUUAGAAGGUGGACACAAAACCCAUCAAAAGGCUGGAUUUGUAAUCUUAUUUGCCCUGUCUAGCUUGCUCUAGACAAAAGAGCCAUCUGAAGGGUGUGAUAGGUAACUUCUUUCUAUUUUCAUAAAACUAGAAGCUCAGAAGGGUGGGAUGACACUUUUGUCUUGCUAAAGGCAGCUUCAGGGAAGAAACACGCAAUGGGAUUCAGCAUUUUGGUCUUGCUAAAGAUAACUUUUGGGGAGAAACAAGCACUUCGCACCUCUUUUCCUUUCCUCAUUUUCCACUGGGACCAACCUGACUGCUUAUUAACCCAUCUGACUCCUCACACAGCCUUGAUCCAGAUGUCUAUUACCUGCAGCUUUUAAGGCUACUAAUCUCCCCCUGCAGGGUCAGCAGGCAGCUCAGGUUUCCUGAUGAGUGGCCAGGGCAGCACACAUCACAGGUAGCCGGGUGCUGUACCUCUGUCUACAAUGCAUGGCUCCAUGCACACCCUGGACUAGCCAUCUGAUUGGCCCAGCCCCACAGCCCACAACUGCUCUCUCCUCCUUGCCGCAUGAUGUUUUCCCAUAUAGUUCUGAUUAUCCAUUGUUACUUGCUGGAUCUGGUAAACAUUUUAUCAUGUGUGGAUCAAUUUUCAGAGUGAAACAGGGCUGUCAUUCUUGGGAACUCCCUUGAAAUAAUCAAACUUGGAGGCCCCUUAGGACAUGGCUCAUCUGUUCCAAAUGGUCAGCUUGCUUGGUGUUGUCAGGUCCAAGAUGCACCCCUAGUCUCAGGCUAUUAAAAAAUGCAGCUCUUUUGUAACUCUAGAGAUGAGGAACUCUAACUUUGAUACAAUUCCAAAAGUUCCAGGGGGCUGUCAGGUAGCAAGGCACCUGGAAAUUUAGAAAUAACAACCAAAGCCUAGAAACAGAUGUGACUGCUGUGAAAGUUUACGAUCUAGUGCCCCCCCCUUUUUUACAUUUUAAACAAAAUACUUAAUAAUCAGAAUUUAUGUUGAGGUCAUUGGCACAGGUUAUAGCAACAUAGUACAAACGUACUGUAAUUAAGGAUAGAGUGUGAAUCUCUUUAGGAAAGACACUCUAUUGACUUUUUAUUUAUUUAUUUUUUUGACAGGCAGAGUUAGAUAGUGAGAGAGAGAGACAGAGAGAAAGGUCUUCUUCCGUUGGUUCACUCCCCAAAUGGCAGCUAUGGCCAGCUAUGGCCAGCGCACUGCAGCUGCACUGCUGUGCAGAUCCGAGGCCAGGAGCCAGGAGCUUCUUCCUGAUCUCCCAUGCGGGUGCAGGGCCCAAGCACUUGGGCCAUCCUCCACUGCCCUCCCAGGCCACAGCAGAGAGCUGGCCUGGAAGAGGAGCAACCAGGACAGAAUCCAGCACCCAACUGGGACUAGAACCCCGGGCGCACCGCAGGCAGAGGACUAGCCAUGUGAGCCGCUGCGCCGGCCAUCCCUAUUGACUUUUAUUACCAGGCUUGCCUGGGAGGAGAGCUGGUUUGAAUAGGAGAUUAGUGUAUAAUAGGCAUCUCUAGAAGCAAACUUACAGUAUUGCCUGUAAUUUAUGAACCCUAGGCCAAACCCUUAAUAGCAUGAUUACUUUGGAAGCUGAGCGGAGCAAAGGUUCUUUUCAGCUUGGAGCCGACAGGGUCUGUGGUUUUGAUCUGGAGUCCCUCAGCCCCGGGGCAGUUCUGUUUAUUCAGCUCUUGCCAAAACUGACAAUAUUUUGUAGAGGCUGGCUUCUAUCACAAAGUCACAAUGGCUGUUUGCCCAGUCUCCUGGCUUUUUACAUCAAAAACAGGUGCUAUUUGAGGCAGACUGGCCUCAUUGGGUCCCCUUGAUGGUAGAACACGACGUAAAGCAGUUAUUAGUUGGCUUGCCACCCAUCUUUACAUUGCUCCUGUUACCUGCUCGCUCUUUUUCCUCCUUGUCUUAGCUAAAGUAGACCACAGUGGCAUCCCUUAGGAUGUUAGCCAAGGUGGUGUUUAGUCUCAUCCCUAAUCUUUAGUGGCCUGAUUUAGAAAUCUGCAGUCACAGGCAUGUUUUGACAGUCUGUCUAAAAGCCUCUUCCCUUCCUGAACUUAGAAAAGGCUCUUUCCUCUCCCCUUUGUGGCUUUGUAAAGAGGUUUUGUCUGUUUAUUGUACUUAUGGCAAAAUAAAUCUAGCUGUAAAUUGCAUCAUAAUUUAAGCUCUUAUUUUGUUACGUGUGAAACGUGGCAGAGAAAGAUUACCUUGGUUCUUUGUCUCAUGUGAAAGAAUUUCCAUCCAGACAAGACAGAGAGUAAAGCAAGAUUUAUUUAAGUCAGAAACCUCCUGCCCCAGUGGCCAGGAUGGAAACUCCAAGAGAGGCAGGCCCUCUGAACUAUGAGGGUCUGCGUGUUAAGCACAAUUUUGGAAGAAAAAAAAAUGAAAGAGCUGCUAUCAGUUAGAAGGCAGGGACAAAACCCAUCAAAAGGCCCAGAUUUCUAAUUUUGUCCUAUCUAGUUUGCUCACGAUAAGACCAAAAAACCGUCACCAGGUGGGAUUGGCAACUCCUGUUUCCACAAUAAACUGGAAACUCAGAAGGGUGGAAUCUCCACUCCCUUGCUCUUCUCAUGAUAAAACUGGAAGCUCCCAAAGAGUGGAAUAGGUACUUUUGUCUUGCUAAAGGAAGCUUUGGGGAAGAAACAAGCAAAUCUUACCACUGGGACCAGCCUAACUGCCCAUUAACCCAUCUGACUCCUCACAUUCCCUCUCCCAGAAGAAUGGACCCUAACUUCUGUUAGGGGUAUGGGAUUAUGACUGCUCUGGCUUCUUCAAGCUGAGUAGGGGCAGAAUGGGGAGCGGCAGUUAAGACAGGGUUCCAACAGGAGGUGGUCUUUUGAGGAGGACACUUUGCCACCUCGCAGAAACUGCUUCCAUUCAAAGUUCAUAUGCAUAGCCAUCUAGAAUUUCAUUGCUUCAGGUCUAGAGAAGAUGAAUCUACCAAGCAGAUUAAAUAUACAGGGUAUAAAACAAAGGAGAGAGUCAUUAGAGGACCUAAGAAAGGUGCUGUCCAAACAAGGAGGAAGUUUUCCCAUUGAGAGAUAAAUAGAAACUGACAGGAAGGGCUUGAUAAUAAUCGGGUGGGCAUUAAGGCCUGGCCAGGUGUAUGAGGCCCAGACCUAACUGUCUCUUCACAUGCAAGAGGCCUCACAAGGGAAAUGUGAGCUUCCUUUUGGAAAGACACCCUGUUGACACCCAUUACCUAGCUGGCCUGGGACAAAAGCUGGCCUGAAUAGGUGGUUAUUAUUGAAUAGGUGGCAUCUCUACAAGGAAGUGUACAGUUCUGACUGCAAUAUUACUGACGCUAGACCAUGCCCUUAAUAGCGGUGGUUACUUUGGAAGCCAGGCAGAGUGAAGGGCUUUUUCAGCUUAGAGCCAACAAGGUCUGCAGCUCUGACCUAGGAUCCCUUACACUCCAGGGCAGUUCCAUUUCCAGUGACCUUGACUCUUGGCUGACAGAGUUGACAGGGGUCUUUGGAAACCAACUUCUGUCAUGAUUGCUGUGUCCUUCCAAAGCCCUGGCUUUCCACAUUGAAAAACAAUGCCAUUUGGGGUGAACUGGCCGUGUUGGGUCUCCUUGAUGGCAGAUCACUGUAAAGCUUUAUUAAUUGGCCUGCCACCUAGUCUUACUUUGCUCCUGCUGCCUAACUCACUCUUCUUCCUCCUGGUCUGCUAAAGUAGAACAGAGGAAGGCUUUAGGAUGUCAGCUAAGGGCGUGUUCAAUUCCAUCCCAAAUCUUUGAUGACCUGAACUAGAAAUCUGUAGUCACAGGUGUGUUCUGACAGUGUUUUUCCUGUGAUAUAAGAUGAUGCCUGCAAGGUGUCCGGCGCAUAACAGAUCUUCCCAGGCAGACAAAUCAAUUAAUUCACAGGUUUUUAUUGGGGUUCCGCUCCCGGGCGAGGUUCUCCGGUCCCAACAGAGCAACAGAGCGGGGGCCGGGGAAGUCGCACGUCAGAGAUUGGGAGAGCUCCUUUUAUAGAUUCAGGGCAUGGGGGUUAAAGGUUGAGGCGGGUCUGAUCCUCAUUGGUUGACCUUUAGGCACCCACAGGGACCUUGCCAAGGACUUUCUUCCCCGGAAGUAGGCCUCUCCAUUCCCAGAAGUGUAGGCCUUCCCUCCUUGCGGAUCCCAAAGCUACCAAUGCCCAUGAGGAAAGCUAUGCCCUUCUAAGAUCAAACAUGAUGACCACCUUAUCCAACCUGUCUAUAAGUUUUGGAAUCAUUAGUAAAACUUUGUAUCUCUAUGUUAGUUUGAUUUGAAGAGGGAGAUUUUGCCUGUUUACUGUGCUCAUGAUAAAUUAAAUCUAGCUGUAAAAUCAUACCAUAAUGCAAGCUCUCAUUUUUUGCUAUAUUCUUUGGUCUUAAAAAGAUUAGUCAUCACUUUUAUAAGGUCUGGGGAUUCAAACUACACAUCCAAAUGGAGAGUCCUUCAGAAUAGUCAGUUUUUCCAUCUUGAAGAGAAUAGAGGAGAAAUGAGGGAACAAGUCAGACCUCCCAGAUUGCUUACUCUUGGUAACUUUUUAUCAAAUGAGAACUUAGAAAGUAAUUUUAGCUGUCAAAUAUCAACAACUUAUUAAAAAAACAGUUACCAAAAGGCCCAAAACCUUAUGUAAAUUUUAAGACAAAAGUACAUGUAGUUGGAAAUAUUUCUUGAAUAUCUAACAGAAGUGUGACUUGCUUGACCAGCAAACCCAAGCACAAACAUGUCAGUGACUUAAAAAAAUAUUUAAUUUCUU